UUGAAGUGUGUUUGUCUUUUGUGUGACUCUUCAAACUUUACCUGCCAAACAGAAGGAGCAUGUUGGGCUUCUGUUAUGUUAACCAAUGGAAAGGAACAGGUGAUCAAGUCCUGUGUCUCUCUCCCAGAAUUAAAUGCACAAGUCUUCUGUCAUAGUUCCAACAAUGUUACCAAAACGGAAUGCUGCUUCACAGAUUUUUGCAACAACAUAACACUGCACCUUCCAACAGCAUCACCAAAUGCCCCAAAGCUUGGACCCAUGGAGCUGACCAUUGUUAUUACUGUGCCAGUUUUCCUCCUGUCCGUAGCUUCAGUGCUGACGGUAUGGGCAUGCCAAGCUCGACAGUGCACCUACAGGAAGAAAAAGAGAUCGAAUGUGGAGGAGCCCCUCUCUGAAUGCAAUCUGGUGAAUGCUGGGAAAACUCUAAAAGAUCUGAUUUACGAUGUGACUGCCUCUGGAUCUGGCUCUGGUCUGCCUCUGUUGGUUCAAAGAACAAUUGCAAGGACGAUUGUACUUCAGGAAAUAGUAGGAAAAGGUAGAUUUGGUGAGGUCUGGCAUGGAAGAUGGUGUGGGGAAGAUGUGGCUGUGAAAAUAUUCUCCUCCAGAGAUGAAAGAUCAUGGUUUCGAGAGGCAGAAAUUUAUCAGACGGUUAUGCUGAGACAUGAAAACAUCCUUGGUUUCAUUGCUGCUGACAACAAAGAUAAUGGAACUUGGACUCAGCUUUGGCUUGUCUCUGAAUAUCAUGAACAGGGUUCCUUAUAUGACUAUUUGAAUAGAAACGUAGUGACAGUGGCUGGAAUGAUCAAGCUGGCACUAUCAAUAGCUAGUGGUCUGGCCCACCUUCACAUGGAGAUUGUUGGUACACAAGGUAAACCUGCUAUCGCUCAUCGAGAUAUAAAAUCAAAGAAUAUCUUAGUGAAAAAAUGUGAAACUUGUGCCAUAGCAGACUUAGGGUUGGCUGUGAAGCAUGAUUCAAUACUGAACACUAUUGACAUACCUCAGAACCCUAAAGUAGGAACCAAAAGGUAUAUGGCCCCUGAAAUGCUUGAUGAUACAAUAAAUGUGAAUAUCUUUGAGUCCUUCAAACGAGCUGACAUCUAUUCUGUUGGUCUGGUUUACUGGGAAAUAGCCCGGAGGUGCUCAGUUGGAGGAAUUGUUGAGGAGUACCAGUUGCCUUAUUAUGACAUGGUGCCCUCAGAUCCCUCGGUAGAAGAAAUGAGGAAGGUUGUUUGUGACCAGAAGUUCCGACCAAGUAUUCCAAACCAGUGGCAAAGCUGUGAAGCACUCCGAGUCAUGGGGAGAAUCAUGCGCGAGUGUUGGUAUGCCAAUGGGGCAGCACGACUAACUGCUCUUCGGAUUAAGAAGACUAUAUCUCAACUUUGUGUCAAAGACGACUGCAAAGCCUGA